AUGCAAAUGACAAUGAACACAGUGCCCGAUAAGGUGACAAUGUUAAAGGUCGUGGAAAGGGCCUCACACCACAUCAAGCUGUCCUGGAUGGCCCCUGCGGAGAUCAAUGGAGAAGCGAAGGGCUACAUAAUCGAAUACAAGGAAAAUAUUGAUCGCGCCACCUCACUGAAGACCGUCAUAACUGAUCCCAGUCAAACCUACAAGAAACUGUACAACCUGAAGAGCUACACUGAGUAUGUGUUUUCUGUGUGGACGUUAAAUGGGGCGGGUCAAAGUUCAGAGGCCAAUACUUUGGUCGAAUCUACCACCACUCCGUCCGUUCCCGAUGAGCCGAUGAUCUUAGAUAUCAAAUCGGGCUCCGACUAUGCAAACGUCAGCUGGUCACCUUCCAUCAAAGAGCAGAAAAAUCCUGGCAAGGAGUUCAUGGUCGAGUACAGAAAAGAAGGUGAUUCCUUGUGGCAGAACACGAAAGAGGAACCGGAGCACAAUUGGUACAAUGUGACGGAUCUGGAGUUUGGAGUUAAGUACGAAUUCCGUGUGGUUGCGCUGAACCACGAUGGCGAUGCUAUGAAGUCCGCGGUGGAGGAACAUGUCAUUGGCAUCCAUCCUGAAACAUUGGCGAGCAAGUCAUCCUACCUAAGUUGGUUCAUACCUCUUCUCGUCAUAUUCCUCGUCAUCCUCAUCAUCGUCCUCAUCAUCGUCUCAUGCCUGCUCUACAAGAGGAAUCGAGGUGGAAAUUACAAAGUCUAUGAGAAAGAGAAGUUGCACGGUGUAAAGUAUGACGAAGAAGCCACAUUCGAUGAGUACAUUCGAUCUGAGAAUUCCACUUUUAGAAAGAGCAAGCAAGGUUCUCUAGAGGGAUCGAAUAAGAGCGGUUCAGAGGACGACGACGGUUCAGAUAGUCUGGGGGCGUAUGAGGACGUUGACCCGACAAAGUUCAACGACGAUGGGUCAUUUGUUGACUCUGUUAAAAAUACCAACACCCUGGAUGUUGAUUUGAUAAAUUUUAAAAAUUCUAUUAACAUGAAGUAG